AAUGAGAAUGCAUAGUCGAAUCGUACGGUCGAUACCGCGGACGCUUGUCGUAAUAUACGUACAUAUUUAAUAUACACCGUAGACAUAGUUUUGCAUAUGUGCGUGUCCUAAUAUAUACAACAUCAAUAGAUACAUGUACAUUGCUUGUAUUAUUACCAUUUGUGGCAUUUUUGAUUAGUCAGUCGGCGAGCUCUUUAAUGCAAAUAUUUGUAAAUAUUUUAUUUCAUCCGCAUUCGCGUUCUUGAAAGUGCCAUACAUACAACCUUUAUACAAAAAUACGUAAAUGUGCAUGUACUUUAUGUAAAAUUAUAAAUAUUUCAUAAUUAAUUUGUGCUCGAUUAAUAAAAGGAAUUACGGUAUACAUAAAAUACACACCUUCACAUAUGUCAUAUGGACUAUUUUAAAAUGUUCAUACACGGUGAAAACAAUAAUAGUGUACUAGUAAUUGAAAAAAACAGUAUACAUAUGUAUGUAUAUCUAUGUGUAUUGCACUCUUCACCCGUUCAAUUGUGUGAGUGUCCCAUACAUACGAGAUCUGAAAAUGUAAUGUACGGAUUAUCUCGCGGUUAAACUAAAACAUUGGGACAUUAGUAAAUAUUCAAGUGAGGAAUUGCAUUAAAGUGAAACAAGAAAGUGAAAAGAAUGCCUUAAUUGCAGUCACAGCUUAAUUAAAGGAGGAAAUGCAAUUAGCACGAAUUUUGGAAGAGAACACCCCGUUAUUAAGUAGUUCCUUCACGUUAUUAACAUUAGAAAUAACAGCGGCAAUAAUAAUUAUACAAAAAAUAGUAAUUUAUCCAUAUCGAAUAAAAUCGACACAACUGAAAAAUAGUAUUUUGCUUGUGCUAAAGGUCAUUGCGGAGCUCAGCCGUCAGCUGGGUAGGGCAAUCGGAGUUUCUGCUUUUGUUAUGGCAUCAAAUGCGGAGGAUCAUCUAGCAGCGCUGAAAAUACCAAUAAUUGAAUCAGCAUUGCCCGACAAAACGAAUGAAGAUACAUAUUUGAAUUCUAAGAGUGAUCAUAAUAAACCACCGGCUAAUAAGAACAUUAAAUCUCGAAGUAGCCCCGAAGGAAGCGGAAGAACGGAUCCUAAACGCAAGAAAUUUGCUAUAGGAAAAAGUAACAUUAGUAUCAAGAAUAGUAGCAGUGAUGAUGAGGUGGAAUCUAACAAAUAUAUUAAGGUUGAUGAUGAGGUUAGCAAUGAAAACAAACAAAAGCAUACCCUUUCUGCUUCCGCAAAUAGCCUAGACACUUACCGAAGCACAUAUGAUGAUAGUUCGCUGAUGCAAAUUAAUGGUAAGAAAAUAAAUAACUUUGCAAAGAAAGUUAGCAGAAUCAGCGGCAGUGAUGCAGGGUCAACAAGUCAUCACAUUUUACCCGCAACUAGUACGGAUUCCGUUGAGGGUGCUGUCAAAGCUUCGGAUCGCAUAGAUGCACUUACAACUGUAGAAAAAAAUGAAUACAUUGCCCCUGAACAGGCGCUGGUGACAAGUGUUGAAUUAGUUGUGCCUGCGUUAGUAAUUCCUGCAUCAAAUGCAUUAUCUUCAAUGGAUGCUGAAAGCUGUUUAAUGUCCACAUCACAGAAUAAGAAGAGUAAAUUACCCUAUAACACUGAUGCCAUUUUUAUUGAUAAAACCAAUGGUUGUGCCACAGACUCCUCCUCCGUCACCGAUUUAAAUGUGAGAAGACUUCCUGAUAAUUUAGCAAUAACUACAACAACAACAACGGGUGAUAUUUUGACACUAGAUUUGGGUUCAGCAACAACAACAACGACUACAGCAGCAGCAGUAGCAGGAACAACAACAACAAUAUGGGCUCCACAUGGGGCAUAUGAAAAUAAUAAUGAUAAUGUGUAUGAGAAACAAGACCGAUUACAUCUCAGCGCUGAAUCCGGUGGCCAAUAUUUUCCGCAUGCCGAUAUUUAUCGCACUCAUCAACAACAACAAUUGCAUCAUCACCAACCACAAAGAGAGACACAUCCCGCCGAACUUCUAUUGCAUAUUGGUGCAAAGGAAGCACUUGGAGUUGGCGUUGGUUUUGGACAAAUGAUUCCAACACUGCAACAUCAUCAUCAUCAUCAUUCAAAUCAGCAUCACACAUCAUCAGCACAUCAUCAUUAUGAGCAGCAACAGCAUCUAAACCAUCAACUUCCAAAUAAUAUGUAUGCCGAAAUGAUGCAACAACAACAUAAUCAACAACAGCACCACCAGCAACAACACUCUCUACAACUGUCACAUCAACAACAACCACAACAACAUCAUCUCCAUAGUUUUAAUGAACAACCCAUGCACUAUGCCAAUUACAGUCAGCAUUAUUCCCAUGAACCACAAGUAUUUGCCAUGCAACAUGCUCAUCCAAAUCAGUCGCAUCAAGAGCAGCAACCGCAACUCCAUCCGCAGGAGGACCUCCAGCAGCAUACGGUACAGCAAUUACAGGAAACAUAUCAAGAUAUGAUUAUGGACGAGUUCCAUGAGGAUCGUAGCUCAGCUUACAAAUUAACGCUCUCGCCAAAUAUUGCCAAGCCAGAGAACCAAGAUGAUGGCUAUGAAACAAGUGCUGGAGAUGUUCUGACGCCAAAUUCACACAGUUCAUCAAUUCAUUCGAUAACGCCGCAGCUUCAAAUGCAACAUACCAAAAACCAUAAACACGUAGGACACGGCAAACAGGAUGAAUUGAUUGGAAAACAGUCGCAAACGCAGAACCAGAAUCAAUCAGCUCAGUCAACGUCGAAUAGCCCUCAUGUGGCAACGACAAGUGGACCAGAUGAAGGUGCUUCUAUUGGACAUUCCUCGCAUCACUUGCACACGGGGAAUGCUAAUAAUGAGGCUGUUAUAUUGUCAAACGAAGCUUAUAGUUUUAUAGGCGAAGAAAUGACACCAAUACCACACCCAGUCCCAGACACAUCCAAUGAUCCGAGCUAUCCUCUCAAUAUUGUAUCAGUCGAGUCAGGCUCAAAUCUAUCCGCAUUGGGAUGUGAAGCCGCUUCUGCUGCUGCUCUAUCGGCAGAGUCUAUGGAAUCAGAACUAAUUAAAACCACCAGUAGCAAUAUUAAGCAGCUUCCACACCAGCAUAUAGUAAGCCGUGAACCGUUUGCUGAAGAAUCAUAUGAAAUAGAUACAAGUCGACAAUCGCUUGAUGCUGACAACAGUUCAAACAGCGCCUUGAAGUUGAAAUCGGUAACUACUGAGUUAACUGCACCAAAACGAAGGGGACGCAAAAAAAAAUUACUGACAAGUACUUCAGUCGAUACAAAUUUGGAUGUGAAAGCAGCUGCGGCACCCUGCGCAGGCAUUGCUAUGAUGACUGGCAAUAUUUUGGCCAACAUGAAACCGAAGGAAAGAAAGAAACACGAUCGUUUCAAUGGCAUGUCCGAAGCCGAGGUCAUUAAGCGAACCAUACCUGACCAUCUUUGUGAUAAUCUCGAUAUCGUUAUAGUGGGCAUCAAUCCUGGUCUGUUUGCUGCUUAUAAAGGCCAUCAUUACGCCGGGCCUGGAAACCACUUUUGGAAGUGUCUCUAUCUGUCGGGCCUCACACAAGAGCAAAUGUGCUCCGAUGAUGAUCACACAUUAUUGAAACAUGGCAUAGGGUUUACCAAUAUGGUGGCGCGAGCCACAAAAGGAUCUGCUGAUUUGACACGCAAGGAAAUUAAAGAGGGAAGUCGCAUUUUGCUAGAGAAACUGCAGCGAUAUCGACCGAAAGUGGCAGUUUUCAACGGAAAGUUGAUAUUUGAAGUAUUUUCAGGCAAAAAGGAAUUCCAUUUUGGUCGUCAGCCUGACCGUGUCGAUGGUACCGAUACCUAUGUUUGGGUAAUGCCUUCGUCAUCAGCACGAUGUGCACAACUGCCACGAGCUGCUGACAAAGUGCCAUUUUAUACAGCUUUAAAAAAGUUUCGAGACUUUUUAAACGGUCAAAUUCAGCACAUGGAUGACUCCGAAUGUGUGUUCACGGAGCAAAGGAUACGACAAUGCUGCGAACAGCAGGAUCAGCCUCUCAAGGUCAAUCCUUCCACGAAUUCUCAACACAAUUUCAUAGAUCAACAUUCUAAUCAUAUGUUUGCUGAUAAUAUUGGUGUUGAUGGGAGUAAUACAAAUAAUACUGACGGUGGUGCUGAAUGUGGCAAUAUUCAAUUUAACAAUCAAUUGACGAAUGUGAUUACCCAAGAUGGUUUUAUUUACAAUAACGAUCAAGGGCUAAGAAAUGCAUCAUCCUCACUUGGAGCACAGCAGCAACCAAACUACUUAGCCAUUUUAUCUAACCAUCCGACACCAGAAAAAAAAAAACGUGGGCGACCAAAAAAGAUAAAAGAACCAGAUUUGGGGAUUUCUGGCAAUAACGGAUCGAAAAUUCCCCUUGCUAACCAACAACAAGACUUUAAUAAUAUAUUAAAUUUAUCAAUAAUAGAGGCGACAGGAAGUGGUAAUGCUCAUAUAGGAAUAAUUUCCAAUAGCGGAUGCAUUAAUAAUGAUUCACCGGCGAAAAAGAAACGAGGAAGACCCAAAAAACUGAAACCCACUAUUGAAAAUAUGCUUAUUGCAGCUAAGUCUCAAAAUACCAACCAGCUUAACUCAGAAGCUCAUAUAGUUGUAGGGUCAAAAGCAGGAGGUGGUGGUGGCAUGUCCACAAUUCAUUCUCUGUCUAUGGAGCACAGGACAGAGUCACCCCAAGGAAGUCAUCAGGCGCCACCAAGCUUAUAUAAUACACCACCGCCAUCUCAUAUGUUAUACACAGCAUCGGCAUCGCCAAUGGCAUCGCCCGCCCUCAAUUGCAGCAGCUACUCGCAUUCGCAUGGUACGCCACCCGUCGUUGACAAUCAACAGAGUCAAGUGAAUGCUGCGGUUUCCAUUCGGGAUCAGCAAACGCAUCUGUGUGAGACGCCGCCACCCAGCUCACCAAAUCUUUGCACAGUAGUUGAUUUUGAUCCUCCAAGCGAACGAUGUAACGGUGGCCACGAUGCAAGAAUUCUUCCGAUUGCAGCGACUCGUGAGGCAGUCGAUGUAAUUGGUGCUCAUCAGCAGAGUCAGCAGGAACAUUAUCAGCAAUGGCUAUCGACCAACCAGCAUCAUCAGCAAUCUGUCCAGAAAUCUAUGCAAACCACAUCGCAGUCUUCGUCUGACGUCGUUGCUCAUUAUUCGCAGUCAUCUACAAUAGGGUCUUCGGUGUCUUAUCAGCCACAGGCGCAGCUCACGCCCCAGGCAACCGGGGAACCAGAUUGGCAUCAUUACGAAACGAAUAGAUCCUACAUGUUGCCCUCACCGCAUCACCAACAUCAACAAGAACACCAGAACAUUAAUUUAAGCACACAAUUAAGCAAUAAUCAAAGCCACUUUACAACUGAUGUCACACAUAAAAGUCUUUCUGGCUUAGAGUCCCUAGUGGAUCAAAUACCAGCAAUAAGUGAUCACGAAUCGAACACAAUAUCAACAGCAACGGCAGCCGCAGCAGCAGCGGCAGUCGAAAGUCGUUUGUUAGGAUUGCAGCAACAGCAACAGCAGCAGCACCAUAAACGUCGUCUGCCUGUUGAUAACGAAGAGUCACCCGCGCAGCAAAUGGGCAAUGACAAUAAUAGCAACGAUAGCAAUGUCAUAAGCAAUAACUUCUCAGUAAGCAGCUUAGCUGCCUCGUCUGCGACGAGCAACGAGCACAACCACAUAAACAAUCAUUACAAAAUAGAGUCAGCCAACUUAAACAACCUGAACAUAAGCAGUGGUAGCAGUGAUGCUUACCCGUGUCAUAGUUCAACUAGUUAUCCGCAUUCGCAUACAAAUCAUUUGAUCAGCGCUGCUUUGGCAGCAGCAAGUCAACAGCCAACGACGCAACAUCCUGUUCCAUCACAUCCACAUCCCCAAAUGUAUGUAGAUCAUGCGCACAUCACAACAAUGUAUGCUUCACCUUAUGGGCCACAGCAUACCACAGCAACAAGCCAAGACUACGCAAGUCAUGUGGCGCCAUACGGCACAAUGCCGAGUGCUGCAGGUCAAACAUUGCAUGUGCCCAGCCCCAACUAUGCGUACGCCCACUACGGCCACACCACAACGCCACAGGCUCAAUAUCCAGGAUUUUCACAUAGUCAUGCACAUCCCCAUGCUCAUCAUCACCAUGCUCACCCACUUCCGCAUCAUGGCCAUGCACCGCAUCACUUAACCGUAUUAGAGCGACUCAAGCCGUCCGACAUUAGUGGCUAUAGUGGAUUCUGAGGACAGAAUUAAAGGGAAACACAACACAAUUAUACAUUUAAUCAAGAUGAAAACGCACAAAUCUAUCGCAUUCGAUUAAUAAGCAAUAUCAUAUACAUAUGUACUUUCAAUCAUCUGAGUGGGCUUUCCUGGUUAUGUUGUAUAUUUUUUUUUUCAUUCUCUGUUUCCAAUUAAUUUGGUAUUGGAGGGGGUCCAAGCGAUAAGAGAAAGUAGUGUAUUAUAAAAACUAAUUUUUCGGUGCUUUUUGUAAAUGGGUAAAUCCAUGACGGAAUUUGUCCCGUGCGAGACUCUUUACAUUGAAAAUAACAUAACCUGAAACAAUUUUAAAAAUAAGUGAAUGUUAUUCUUAAAGCUUUAGAUAAGUACUAUAUUUAGACCUAAGAUUGAUUUUAGGAAUUUGUUCUGUUUUCCGAUAAAAUAUUUAAAUUCCUUAAUUUUUUUGGUUUGCGUACGAAUUUGUUAAUUUUUGCAAUUAUAAGAACAGAAAACAAAACAGAAAGAAAAUUCCAAAACUAUUCUUAGCUCUAAUUAAAGUACUUAUCUAGAGCUAUUAAAAUAACCUUUUCUUAUUUUUAAAAUUAUUUCUGUUUAUGUUUUCUGCAAUGUAAAGAGUCUCGCACGGGACAAAUUCCGUCAUGGAUAUUUUACAUAUGAUAUGUCAAAAUUUGCACCACUGGUGUCUGGCUAUUAUUUGCCGCAUCAUUGACAUCUUAAUGACAGUCUCGUCUUGACGACGCCCUACUACUUUAGCGAUGCUGCUCGUUUUUAUUUUUUAUCGAAUAGUAUAUAUUCUAUCGAUUAACUAAGAUAACCAAAUACUCCGCCGAAUACGUAUAUACAUUUAUUUUAUAACUAUACAGAUCGAUAAACGGACAUUAACAUUAAUCACUUGUAUAUGCAUCAAUAUAUUAGUUAAUAUUAGAAUUAUACGUAUAAUAAUUUGCUCUAUGACGUACAUACAUACGUACUUAAGUGAAAGAAGUCUGCAUAAUAUGUAUGAAUCUUAUCAGUAAAAUUCAAUUUACGUAAGCAUCAUAAGAACAUCCUUAUAGUAAAUAGAUACAUAAAAAAAACAUCCGAUUUUUCAAUAGACUCUAAGUGAAGAGAAAAAGCUAAAGCAAAACAAAAGCUAUGUUAAUACUAGCUAGUUAUUCUAGUACCUAGAAAGUUAAUUGCAAACUAGAGACUAAACAAAGAGAUGCAUUAUGUGUUUUACUUUUCAUUUAAUUAUUUCCUUUUAACAGUUUGAAUUGCAAAGCUUGGUUGCUUCUUAUUGACUUCCGAAGGGAUUCGACCUAUUAAUAAGCUUUUGAUCUCAGACGAUGUUUUUUCAGUUAAAUCCGUAAAUUAUGAAAAUUUAUGAUAACUUAAUAAAUUCACUUUUUAUAUAUAAUAUAUUAAUAGGUUUCUUUCAAAGUGCUGGUGAAAUACCAUAAAAUUCUCCGAGAUCAGCUUUAACUGGUUUAUAAUGAUAGUACUACCAUUUAUGUAAAGUUCUACUUACUAUAUGUCGAUGAUCAUACAAAACGCUUAUAGAGUUCAUUGAGAUAAUAUUUGAAUGUAAUAAGUUUUUGAUACCGCGAUAUUUUCAAAUGAAUAUGUAGCAAAAUUAAGAAUAUUUUGAUACGUUGCAAUUAUUUGCUGAUGUUCUUUAUAUAUAUAUAUAUAUUUGAAUGCGGUGCUAAAAUUUAAUUUUUUGUUUUUGAGUUUUUAUGCAUUUGUACAUACAUACACAUACCCAAAGUUUUUAAUGUAAAAUGCAAUAUUCUAUAUUGCCAAUACUUGUCUAAACUUGUACAUCUUUUGCGCGUGAUUUAAUACGGCAUAUUUAUUAAAAUAUCCAUAGCAUUUAAUUGUUCUGUAUUCUACUCAUUAUUUUUAAUUUCAGUUUAAUACAUGAUUUGGGUUAUUUAAAUUUGAAAUUUCCUACUUAAAUGGUUUGCAAGAGGGAGUAACAUCGAAGUUAUUAUGCUGUGCUAAAAUUAUAAACUUAUUAUAUUCAUAUAUUUAUAUAUACAUAUAUAUGCAUAAUUAUCUAAGUAUAACUGAACGAAUUUGAUACUAAUUGGGUAAUAAUACUAUAAUACAUAUUAUAAAUCUUUUCAUAGGUCCUUCUACUCAUAUGUAUGUGAUUAUAUAAGUAAAAGGAAUAUAUAUUUCCCUUAUUAACAACUCAACAAAUGCAUGAGUUAGUUCAAGUAUGUCCCGAAGUUAUGCGCGUUUUAUUAUUUAAUAGUGUAUUUUAAUAUUCAACUUGCAAGUUGUCAAUAAGCAUAUAAAAAAGUCUAUGUAAGUCCUUGAUCAUAAAUUUAAAUUGGUUAUACUAAAUAGUAAUGGAAGUCUUUCAAUAAAAAAAAUAUAUGAAUUAAAAGUAAUUUAAA